GGAAAGGAAGCAGCCUGUCCACUGCUGUUACACAAUCCAAUUAGCUCGGAGUGUCACCGAUAAGAACUCUGGACCAGAUCAGACGGGGUCUUUUAGUGACCAGUUGUGCAUCGUUAGUUGGCCGGAAAACCACUAGGAUCCUCCUCAGCAGAGGUUCUAAUGAUCAAGGAUUAUACAAGGGAUCCACAAGGUAACAGUACUGCUUUAAUAAGCUGGGAUGGUGUUGACUGUAUACUUGUUGGCACUUAUCUUCAUCUGGACAGGAAAGGCUGCGGAAUUUGUUGUUCCACCAUGUGACCGGGACAUGUUUGAUAGCGGUGUUGACAAGUGCCUGUCAGACUUCAACAGGAGCAUGGAGACCAGUGGCUACCAGGACAGGUGCCCGUGGCCAACAGGAAAACACGUCUACAACCAACUCAAAAGUUGCGUGGAUGAUUUCGCAAUUGGGUCGUGGUGUCGGGGUCACGGAUUUCUGGUAGACACCAUCUUCUUGGAGGUUCAUAAGGUAUACUUUAAGCUGUGUGGACAGGUGCACGACCCCCCGCUCACCACUCUGAUCCUGUUAAUAGCCCCUGUUGUCAUCGCCACCCUCUCCCUGCCAGUUCUCUGUGUUAAUCUCACCACCUGGAAGACAGAGAUGUCCGGCACUUUGGGGCUCUGAUGUGCUGAGCUCACAUUAUUUCUAUUUUAUUAUUCUCAGAAUUGUGGCCAUUCUCACUAGGGUUGAACAAUUUUGGGAUUUUUUUUUCUCACUGCCAGAUAUUGGGAUUUCUUUUUUUUUAAAGCUAUACAGCCCUUUCAACAAUCAUGUUAAAUAAAGUAAUAUAAAUACAUGUAAGAUCCACUGAAAAUAGGACAUUUCUGGAAACAAUCCGUGAUAUGGGACAUUAUUCCAGCACUUAUCAUAAAUUUUCUUUAAUUUUUUAAUUUAGAAUUGAAUUAAAAUUAUGAAAAGAGCAAUUAAAUAAAAAAAAUAAAAAAAAGUUAAAUUGAAAACUAAAUAUUUCCCUUUUGAUUAAUCACGGUCUUACAUCCUUUAGAUUAAAAAAAUAUAUUAAUUGUUCAGCCCUCAUUCUGACAGUGGGUCAUGCUAAUUUGCACUCGGCAGCUAUGGUGCAGAGAUAUCGGGAAAUGUAGACUCUCGCAAAAUUAUAUAUAUAUAUAUACUGUAUAUAUCACAGAAGCUCUUAAAAUACACCUUAAUUUAAUGAAAAUGAGUUAGGAAACAUGAGCCAAUCCAUAGGGCUAAUGUCUGUUUAUGUCUGUUAAUAUCUGGAUGGACAAGCGUUUAAGAUGAUUUAUGUAAAACCAAAGGCUCAAACUCUUCGUCGUAUAAUAAUCUUCACAAAAUCUCUACAACGGGGCCGGCGAGUGCAAAGUUGGUCUGACCCGUACUCAGAACAGCCAAUUUGAAAAAGUACUGCGAUGUCCCUUCAAGUAAUAGACAUGUACAAACCAAAAAAAUCUGUUACACGUACCGAAACACUGAAAUCUGGAAUAUUAUUAUCAAAGUGUACAAUUAUAGGCAAUAUUCACAGGUACUAUGUCUACCAGCACUGCUUACUAAUAUAACAGGUUGUGUGUCUUUUGUUUUAUUUAGACAAAAACCCAACGUGUAAAAACAACAAUAAUUAACGGUUCAGUGAGGAGUUAAUUGCUAUGAAUGAGUAUUUCAAAUCAUUUUCUACCUAAAAUAUUAGAUUGCAUGAAAUCGAAUGUGGAGCACACUUCCAAAGCAACUGUCCAGUUGAUUCCUCCCGUAUCUUUGUAUAAUCUGUAGGCAGGAAUGUAUGUCAACUGUCUAAAACGUGAACUUCCUUACGCAUUAUUAAUGAGGAGAGGACAAACGACACCGUAAUGAUCCACUCAUACUUGAAUGAUCUGUAUUGUACAAAACAAGGAUUCUGUUUGUAUUUGAAACACACAAUAAGUAUUUAUUUCAGACAAAAAAAUAAUGUUUUACAUUUGUUUGAAAAGCUCUUUACAGCAUGAAUAAGAUGGACCUGCUAUUCAAGUAUCCACACGUCCCUAAGGGUCAGUCUGUGUUACGAAUGCAAACACGCUGCAUGUCAUCAUUUUGUCAUCAGAUCAGCAUCAGAGGAGAGUUAUUAACACACGGCGAGAGAGGAAGUAAACACGAGUCGAGCACGUAGCAGUCCAACGGAUUAGCCACGUCGCUCCGUUUUCGUCUGGACGCGUAACGAGUUACCGUGAGCGUGUCGUCGUGGGAGAAUGACGUGUUUUUCAGACAAGAAGUGGUUUCAUAAGUCUGGUUCCGAUGAGUUCUGAGAACAGGAUGUGCUUAGGUUAAAAAACAACAACACACACUUAAACGCAGGGUUGGUAAUGCUAAGAAGAUUAGAAAGUAGCAUCUCCUCGGGCUCUGUCUAACCCCUGGCAUGCAGACUUUUUACUCGCCGUUUUUUGCGAUUUUUUUCAAAUAUUUUUAGCAUGGUGGGCGGUUGUGAGUAACCGCUCGUCCAUUCUGCAGUAGACCACGUGCGCUGAGCUCAGGCUCGUCCACGGGAGCGGUAGAGUACACUCAGCGGGACAAGGAGGCAUUUCAUUGGCUCAUUCCCAGCAGACUGCGAGGCAGUGAUUGGUGGGUGCUUCUUUUUACAGGAUUACAUCUGUAAAAUACAGAUCUUUUUUGCUCCUUUUUCAAAAGCCCAUACGUUAUUUAUUGCUGUUGAGGUGUUAAGACCACUUCAACCAAUAUAUUAAAAAGUGUAUCGCUACCAGCCCUGCCUUUAAAAGAGCUUUAACAGUGUUUGGAGAUAAAUACUGAAGUUGUCGGGAAAUCAUGGUUUUAAAUGAGCGUGGUGGUUGUAAUUUUCAUAGGUUUUCCUGAAUGGACAUAUACCUGCCACAACACUGAAAUAAAACCAGUGUUAUGUUAAAGAGAACCUUUCACUGAAUACAAAACCAGUAUCCACAAAGGAUUAGUAUUUCAUUUACAACCAACAGGAUGGACGAAAUGUGACAAUGGAGAGCAAAACUUGUCAAGAAAGGCUGAACUAAUCCUUUGUUAUGCAGUGCAAUUAAAGAAAAAGGAAGGGCAUUCCUGUUGCAUCCAUAAGGGACUAUCCACAAUAAUUCUCUGCUCUUAUAUCAGCGUGAACAGCCUUCCUUCUAAUGGUGGAUCUAAUUUCACAUUUAUCAGAUUUAUAGCUCAAUAAUGGUCGAAGCUGACACACUAUUCCAUAUGCUAGAACGCCCAAGAUCGCCAGACGUCUUUACUCAAACCAACGAGCUUGAAUUAAAAGAGGUUCAACAAUAACAGAGCCGAGUCUUAGAUUUGGGUGGGUGGUCUGCCCUGCUACCACGGUGGUACAGGGCGACUAAAUGUGGUCAACUCCCAACGUUGACAUGGCAGAACCUUUUGAGGGU